AUCAGUUGCAUCUUGAAAAUAUUUAGCAUGACAUCCCAGUACUCUCCUUGUAUACCAAUACUAAAUACUUUCCCCAUUUUUCAUUGCAUGUCACUUGGUCCAAUUCGAUUAUAAGCAUUACCGUUAUCAGUGCAUACGUACACAAAACCUAAAUAUACACAUUACUUGGACCGAAACUGUGCUGACUGUUGUGAAAUAUUGUGCAAUAACUAGCUAGAGUAUAGUGUCACUUCCUCUUGGUAGAUAAUUUAGACCUGACACGGCGUGGGAAACUAACCUGCUUAGUAAAGUCACAGUAAACAAACAGGCAUUAUGAAGUUCUCCGGAUCACAGUUGCCAUCUCCUAAAAGGUUUAUGGAGCGAUACGCAAAGGCCAGUGAGGAGGAGAACAUCCUCCUAAUUGGGGCCGUGGGGGCGGGAAAGUCUGCGACCAUCAACACCAUGUGUGCUUCCCUGUCGGGGGAGAGGCUUUAUCGUGCUCCUGUAGGUUCCCAGUCUGGAGAGUCCGGCAAAAGAACCACGACACAUCUUAUAUGGUAUAACAAAUGUCGAAUUGAUGAGAAAAGGAUGAAGGAGAUGAGAGUACCGAAAUAUUUUCCAAACCUGGUGGACAUGACUGGACUAGGAAAUGAAGACUCAGCCCAGCAGAGGAAGCUACUGGACAUGAUAAUUACUGGGAAAAUUUGGGAUAAAACUUCCAUUCCUGCCAUCCAAGAUGUCCAAAGGACUCAGGGAGACCGUAGACUAGAGCGCAUGUUCCCGUUGGUGUACAGGGGGCGAAGGAUCCAUAAGAUACUGUUUGUGGCAAGUGCCACAGAUAGAAUUCCCACCGCACUUAUAGAAUGUGUAAAAAGUGUGGCCCAGCCCGACGGCAGCGCGACAUGCCUCAACCCCAGAUAUAUUCCAAUUUUUGGUUUACUGUCAAAGCACGACUUGGUUUCCACGACGGAAAUAGAUUUGAAAAAAAAGGAACAGGAAUUCCUGGAAUGUCUGGGAAUAAACGCGGACACAUCCUACUCGUUGUGGCAGAACAGCGCCAGCGGAGACUACAGUUUCUCCAACCUGGAAUUCAUGGACAAGUUAUUUUCUCCGGACAUUCGUCACGUCCUGGAUGAGAUCUCCAUAGUGAAACUAUGGAUUGGAGACCUCUAUGAAAAACCAUCAUUAUUCUUGGCAAUAAUUAUAGGUAUAGCAGCUGUUUUCCUAGGAAUAAACAGUUUCUUCCCUAUGUAUGAAAUGAUGGAAGGACUUCUCUGGAGUGGUAGGAAAAAGCUAGGGUUUUAGCAAUGUUUCAAAUAUUUGAUUAUUUAAUUUUUACUAUUUUUUAUUGUAAUUAUGUAACCAAAUUUCAGUGGAUAAUGUAUUGCUUUGAGAUUAAACUAAACCUGAUCAUGAGUCAGAUUAUGUUUAAAAUGUGUGAGCUUUACUUACCAGAGUCAAAAUUAAUAUUUAAGUAAGUAUUGCUAUCUUUUUCUAAAUCUUGAAUGUUAAAUCUCAGUUAUUUUAAGUACAAUUGUCAGAGUUAAGACAGGACUUUUUAAAAACUUCAUUUACUUAAAAAAAAUCAGUUGUUUACUUGUUUUACACAAAAGAGGGAAAAAAAGUACAUUUUUUGUUGUUUUGUUAUAAUUAUAGAAUUUUUUUUAAUUUAGUUUUUGUUGAUAAGUAAAUUUUAAAAACCUUGAUAAUUUUAACAAAUCAUCACUAUUCUCAAUUUUCACAUUUCAGGAAGUUGAUUUAUUUAUAGAAAAGGAAAAUAUUUCAGAUAAUGAAAUGAAACAUCAAUGAAAUGUAUUGAUUUUAACUAUUCAAAAACAAGUUUUAAAUCAGCAGGUGAUUAAAAAAAAUGAAAUCUCACAACUAAGUUCCAGGUACGUUUUAAUUCACUAUUUUUAUACUACAGAAAUAGAUAACUGCAAUACCUACUGUAUAAUAUGUAUAGGAUAUAUAUAAUAGGAUAAUUAUUUAUAGUAUUUAUCUGUGUAGAUCAAGAUGAAAGCCUAAAACCAUUAUCAAAGUUCUGUGUUUCAUAAAUGUGUUAUUUGUAAGUUUCAAUAAUUUUCUUUACGUUUUUAAGUUAUAAGCUGAAAAAGGUUUUUUUUGUACAUUAAAAGUUUUCAUUUUUUAUAAUGUUACAUGUGUAAUUCAAGUAAUCGUAUCAAACUUAACAAGCAAAUCAUUAAGUCUACGACAGGUGUAUGUAAGACAUGUGAGUAUGGUGUUGUAAUGUAAUGUAAUGUAAUGUGACCCUAUGAGCAUUGUCACACUCUGUUGAAUGUGCAAGUAUUUAGUUCAUUAAACCGAAGUCAAUGGGGCAGCUAAAACGAACCAUACGCGCAUCUUCUUUGCGCAGUCACUAUUUUGCACUGUCACGUGUUGCUAGUGCGUUGGGAAGCACCCUUCCAUUGAUUCAAUGUUAAAUAUAAUGUGAUAGUGUGAAAUGAAAAAUUUGCCUUGAACAAUCAGAUUACAGGAUUUUCAGUAGAGGUAUGAUAAAGCAGAUUGUUGUAGGGAAGUAUGGGAAAGGCACAGAGUAGUAUGUGGUAAGGAAGUAACGAAAGGCAUGAGAGUAGGCUGUUGUAACGAAUUAGGUAAAGGACAAGAGUAUGUUGGUUAGCCUGUUGUGAGGAAAUAUAGGGAAAACACGAAAGUACAUGUAAUUAAAAGCUGUCAUAAAGAAGAAUUGGAAAGGUGUGAGAGUAGGCUGUUGUAACGAAUUAGGUAAAGGACAAGAGUAUGUUGGUCAGCCUGUUGUGAGGAAAUAUAGGGAAGACACGAAAGUACAUGUAAUUAAAAGCUGUCAUAAAGAAGAAUUGGAAAGGUGUGAGAGUAGGCUGUUGUAACGAAUUAGGUAAAGGACAAGAGUAUGUUGGUCAGCCUGUUGUGAGGAAAUAUAGGGAAGACACGAAAGUACAUGUAAUUAAAAGCUGUCAUAAAGAAGAAUUGGAAAGGUGUGAGAGUAGGCUGUUGUAACGAAUUAGGUAAAGGACAAGAGUAUGUUGGUCAGCCUGUUGUGAGGAAAUAUAGGGAAGACACGAAAGUACAUGUAAUUAAAAGCUGUCAUAAAGAAGAAUUGGAAAGGUGUGAGAGUAGGCUGUUGUAACGAAUUAGGUAAAGGACAAGAGUAUGUUGGUCAGCCUGUUGUGAGGAAAUAUAGGGAAGACACGAAAGUACAUGUAAUUAAAAGCUGUCAUAAAGAAGAAUUGGAAAGGUGUGAGAGUAGGCUGUUGUAACGAAUUAGGUAAAGGACAAGAGUAUGUUGGUCAGCCUGUUGUGAGGAAAUAUAGGGAAGACACGAAAGUACAUGUAAUUAAAAGCUGUCAUAAAGAAGAAUUGGAAAGGUGUGAGAGUAGGCUGUUGUAACGAAUUAGGUAAAGGACAAGAGUAUGUUGGUCAGCCUGUUGUGAGGAAAUAUAGGGAAGACACGAAAGUACAUGUAAUUAAAAGCUGUCAUAAAGAAGAAUUGGAAAGGUGUGAGAGUAGGCUGUUGUAACGAAUUAGGUAAAGGACAAGAGUAUGUUGGUCAGCCUGUUGUGAGGAAAUAUAGGGAAGACACGAAAGUACAUGUAAUUAAAAGCUGUCAUAAAGAAGAAUUGGAAAGGUGUGAGAGUAGGCUGUUGUAACGAAUUAGGUAAAGGACAAGAGUAUGUUGGUCAGCCUGUUGUGAGGAAAUAUAGUGAAGACACGAAAGUACAUGUAAUUAAAAGCUGUCAUAAAGAAGAAUUGGAAAGGUGUGAGAGUAGGCUGUUGUAACUAAUUAGGUAAAGGACAAGAGUAUGUUGGUCAGCAUGUUGUGAGGAAAUAUAGGGAAGAAACGAAAGUACAUGUAAUUAAAAGCUGUCAUAAAGAAGAAUCGGAAAGGUGUGAGAGUACGUAGACUGUUGUAGGAAAAGAUAUAUAGGGAAGCAAUCGUUUUUGUUUUCAUAUAAAUACAUUAUAUACUCAUUAGUCCUGACUAUGUGGCUGUAAAAUAUGUUUUUUUUAUAUGCUUAUACAUGUUGAACAAUUAUAUUAUCAUGUGCGACCACAUUCUAUAUAGGGGAGAUAAUCCUGGCAAUCUUGUUAGAUAUUGUUCAUAUUUUAAGGUGACUAAACAAUGUAUGUUAUUUAUAUCAAACUGCACAUUUUUAUUGUAUUUAUAUGAGAGAAAAAAAGACUAGUGCAUUUUUGUUGGAGUGACAGUAUAGCAGAUAACAUGCAUCACACACUCAUACACACACAUGUAUAUAUUAUUAAUAAUUUUUAAGUGUGGUAAAACAUAGUGAAAUUUUCAUAUGUUAGUUGUACUACCUCAAUAAGCAAACUGAAUGUUGUGCCUUUCUAUCGCUUUGUAUUUUUUUUCAAUAAAAACAAUCUUUAUUCAAACAAUAUCA